UUUUUGGUUGUGUUGAUUGUGUGUUGUGUUCUUGAGCAGUUCAACUUCACUGGCGUUGUUUUAGAUUAAAAUAGUGUUAAAAUGAACCGCAUUUUUGGCAGAGGAAAACCCAAAGCGCCACCGCCAAACCUUGCGGACUGUAUAGGAAAUGUAGAUUCUCGGGCAGAGUCCAUUGACAAGAAGAUAUCCAGACUUGAUGCUGAGCUCAUGAAAUAUAAAGAUCAGAUGAAGAAAAUGAGGGAUGGACCCUCAAAGAACAUGGUGAAGCAGAAAGCCAUGCGAGUUCUUAAGCAGAAGAGAAUGUAUGAAGGCCAGAGAGACCAACUGAUGCAGCAGUCCUUUAACAUGGAGCAGGCGAACUACACUAUUCAGUCCCUUAAAGACACUAAAACUACUGUGGAUGCAAUGAAAAUUGGAGCCAAAGAAAUGAAGAAAGCAUACAAGAAUGUGAAGAUUGAUCAGAUUGAGGAUCUGCAGGACCAGUUAGAGGAUAUGAUGGAGGACGCUAACGAGGUACAGGAGGCUCUGAGCCGCAGCUACGGCACACCAGAUAUUGACGAGGACGACCUAGAAGCAGAACUGGAUGCUCUUGGCGAUGAACUCCUUUUCGAUAACGACAGCUCCUACCUAGAUGAGGCUUCCACAGCUCCGGCUAUACCUGAAGGAGUGCCAGGAGAGAAGAGCACCAACCGGGAUGGAGUUCUGGUGGAUGAAUUUGGCCUUCCUCAGAUUCCAGCUACAUAAGGAGAAAAGAAUGUGGCAGCUCACCACAAAACCUGGUUUUUCUCUCUCUCUCUCACACACAAACAGCUAUGACAACUGAAAGACUGAGACAUCUGAACGUCUGGACUUUUUAACAGACCAAGUAAACAUUGAGACAGUUGGUGGUCAAGAUGAACAUAAUCUUGCUUGUGAACACAGCCUCUUGGUCUUGAUCUGUCCCAAAUUAUUCUCUUUCUUUAUAAGGAAUGUAUUUAAUCUAAUAAAGUCAGGAGUAUUCAUUAAUCAUCUCCAGUUAUAUCGGAUUUCAUUUUGAUUGCCAGAAACAAUUUAUUUGUAUUUUGCUUUCUAAAGGAAGUACCUAUUUGACUUUGUACUGCAAUAUUGUUGCCAACUACCAGCAAAUAAAUUAUUCUAUAUUUGA